ACAGGUCACUGUUUAACUGGUCCAUGUCUCUUCCCUGCAACAUGGUUUUGAAGAAAGCCGUUGAUAGUUUGCUUUGCUCAAUGUGCCACAUCCACCCAAAUUAUUUUUCAUUACUCAUGGGAUGGAUGGGUAUCACUCCUCCGCCAAUGCAGUGUCAGCACAGACUGUCCAUGACUGAUGACAGCAAAAAGCAGGACCUUAGUUCAUCUUUAACGGAUGACUCUAAAAACGCACAAGCCCCUCUUGCACUAACAGAGUCUCACCUGGCUACUCUUGCUGCCUCAUCUCAGUCUCCUGAAGCUAUCAAGCAAUUAUUGGACUCAGGUUUGCCUUCACUGCUUGUAAGAAGUCUCGCUAGUUUUUGCUUUAACCAUACUUCCAGCUCUGACUGCACUGCACAAUCAAUGGAUAUCACCCAGGACAGGCUCAGGAGGCAUCAUGUUCCACAGCACUUUAAUAAAAUGCCUAUCACGGCAGACCUGGUCGCUCCUGUUCUCAGGUUUUUGACAGAAGUUGGUAACAGCCACAUGAUGAAGGAUUGGUUGGGUGGCUCUGAAGUCAAUCCGUUGUGGACAGCACUUUUAUUUUUGUUGUGCCAUUCUGGUGCUACUUCUGGAGGACACAGUGUGACAGCACAACAGACCAGUGCCAGAUCUAGCUUGCUUUCUUCAACUGUAACAACAGGGUUGACUACUCAGCAGCGGACAGCAAUUGAAAAUGCAACAGUUGCUUUCUUCUUACAGUGCAUUUCUUGCCAUCCCAAUAACCAGAGACUUAUGGCACAGGUUCUCUGUGAGUUGUUCCAGUCCUCUCCUCAGCGUGGGAACCUCCCAACCUCUGGAAAUAUUUCAGGAUUUAUUAGGAGGCUUUUUUUGCAGCUGAUGCUAGAGGAUGAGAAAGUGACUUUGUUUCUUCAAUCCCCAUGUCCACUGUACAAAGGUAGAAUUAAUGCUACCAGUCAUGUCAUUCAACAUCCAAUGUAUGGAGCUGGGCACAAAUUUCGUACUCUUCAUUUGCCUGUCUCAACAACUCUGGCAGAGGUUCUUGAUCGUGUGUCAGAUACACCCAGUAUCACAGCUAAGCUAAUUAAUGAACAGAAGGAAGAUAAAGAAAAAAAGAACUAUGAAGAGAAAGAAAAAGUUAAAGCUGAAAAUGGAUUUCAGGACAAUUACAGUGUUGUUGUUGCUUCUGGUUUGAAAUCGCAGUCAAAAAGAGCCGUUUCAUCCACCCCUCCACGUCCACCAUCAAGGCGAGGAAGAGUGAUGGCAGAUAAAGUAGGAACCUCUUCCUCUGGAGGAGAAUCUUCCAGCAAGACCAUUAGUGUUCCAGUCUUUCAUCUAUACCAUAAACUCCUGCCAGGCCAACCGUUACCAGCUGAAAUGACACUUGCCCAGCUUCUGACUCUGCUGUAUGACCGUAAACUCCCUCAAGGAUACCGAUCAAUCGAUUUGACAGUUAAACUUGGUUCCAAAGUCAUCUCAGAUUCAAGCUUAUCAAAAACAGACUCAUUUAAACGUCUUCACACAGAAAAAGAACAUGCAGAUUUACUGGGACCUUGCCCCGAAGAUGAAGCCAUCAGUCCUGGGGAUGAGUGCAUGGAUGCAGUGCUAGAUGAGUCACUUCUUGAAACCUGUCCCAUUCAGUCUCCACUGCAAGUUUUUGCAGGAAUGGGUGGAUUGGCCCUUAUUGCAGAGAGGCUCCCUAUGCUUUAUCCUGAUGUAAUUCAACAAGUGAGCACUCCAGUGGUUACAUCGACCACGCAGGAAAAGCUGAAGGACAGUGAUCAGUUUGAAUGGGUCACCAUUGAACAGUCAGGGGAGUUGGUGUAUGAAGCACCAGAAACAAUUGCUGCAGAACCUCCACCGAUCAAGUCAACGGUUCAGACUAUGUCUCCCAUACCUGCACAUUCUUUGGCUGCCUUUGGUUUAUUUCUUCGUCUCCCGGGCUAUGCUGAGGUGCUGCUAAAAGAACGGAAACAUGCUCAGUGUCUGUUGAGAUUGGUGUUGGGAGUUACAGAUGAUGGUGAAGGAAGUCAUAUCCUGCAGUCUCCUUCAGCAAACGUGCUUCCAACUCUGCCCUUCCAUGUGUUGCGAAGUUUGUUCAGCACUACACCGUUGACUACUGAUGACGGAGUACUGCUUAGGCGGAUGGCACUGGAGAUUGGUGCUAUACAUCUUAUCCUAGCUUGUCUGUCUGCUCUAAGCCACCAUGCACCAAGAGUACCCAACUCGAGUCCCAAUCAGGCAGAGCCACAAGUGUCAAGUACACACAACAGUGCAGCAACAGAAGAACAGCAGCUGUACUGGGCUAAGGGUACAGGCUUUGGAACAGGCUCCACAGCUUCAGGAUGGGAUGUUGAACAAGCUUUGACUAAGCAAAGGCUAGAAGAAGAGCAUGUCACCUGCCUUCUACAGGUUCUUGCCAGUUACAUAAAUCCUGCAGGGAGUACAUCAAAUGGAGACACCCAAACUAGCCACGAGAGCAGAGGACAAAACAGCAGUGCUCUUCCCUCCGUCCUCCUAGAGAUGCUCAGCCAAUCUUGCCUCAUCCCAGCAAUGUCAUCAUACCUCCGCAACGACUCAGUCUUGGAUAUGGCCCGACACGUUCCCCUUUACCGAGCUCUGCUAGAAUUGCUCCGUGCUAUUGCGUCCUGCACAUCGAUGGUACCGUUGCUGCUUCCACUGUCAGGAGAAAGCAGUGAAGAGGAGGAGGAACAGUUGGAAUCACAAGCUUCUGUUGGGACUUUGUUGGCUAAGAUGAAGACCUGUGUAGAUACCUAUACCAACCGACUGAG